AUGCCCAAGCGAGCCGCUUCCCAGGACAAUGCCGGGGUGCAACCAAAGCGUCCCAAACCAUCCAUAGCAUGGAUCAAAGUACUGGUAGGCCCGCGAGGCACGAUGCAUCGGAUCCCCGAACGAAAAGCCCGUUCGUCAUCGGAGUUCUUCGACAAAGCACUGGCGGGGACAUGGAAAGAAGGCACGCAGCGUACUGUCAGGCUUCCCGACGUCGACCCCCGUACCUUCGGAAAUUCCGAGUUCAAAGACCUUGUCAAGGCGUAUAUCCUGGCUGACAAGCUCAUGGACAACAAUUUCGGGAAUCAGUUAAUCAAUGCGAUUGUGACACGGUUAACUGGUGGCAGCGGCGGAUAUCGCUCUCCUCCUUCCAAGGAGGAGAUGGAGUUCGUGUGGCGGGCGUUACCUCCCCUGACGCCGCUCUACCGGCUGCUGGUAGAUUUCGAAGUCCACGUUGGUCCAUUCGCAUCGAGUUGGUUGAAGGACAACGGUGUGGACAAGGGGUUUUCGGCUCUGGAUGGUGAAAAGCUGAGCCGAGAAGACUGGCUGACUCGGCGGUUCAUGCUGCAGGUCAUGUCUACGGCGAUGACUCGGUUUUGCGUCUAG